UUUUAACCAUUGGCAGUAACAGUCGUGACAUUUUGUCAUAUUUCAUUAAUUAUAUAUCUUAACUUCAUAUAAAAGAAAGAAAUGUUAUUUAAAAUUAACUCGGAUCUGUGCUCUGAAGAUAUGUCUUUCCAUAUACUUGCCACCAUUUGGAUUGUCAUUGGUGUCCUUUCUGGACACAACUGCAGAUAUGUUGAUAUGUCCUACAAGCUUUUCGAAGGGCUGCCAAAACAUCCAGUGCAUCGUGGGUUCAAUCUGACAGAAAUCUUAAAAGGACCACUAGGGACAAAUAAAUUUGUUGCAACACAUCAGGUGGACACUGCAGAACACAUGAGUACACACAUAGAUGCUCCAUAUCACUUUGCUGAAUUUGCCUGGAAACUGGACCAGAUUCCCUCUGCCAACCUCCAUGGUCCUGGUGUUGUCCUCGAUAUCCGUGAAAAGGUGGCAAAGACAGCACCAGGUAAAGAGGCAACUGUAGAUAUCUCAGACGCUGAAGCAUGGGAAAAUAAAUAUGGACAAAUUCCUAAAGGCGCUAUUGUCAUAAUGAAUUCUGGUUGGUCUAAAUACUGGCCCGAUUCCAACAAGUUUGUGGGUU